GUCUGGGUCUGGCCUCCAUGGUGAUCGUCUUCUUCUGCAACUCCUACUACAUCAUGAUCCUGGUGUGGGGACUCUACUACCUGGUGCACUCGCUGACGGACACACUGCCCUGGGCCACAUGCGGCCACCCCUGGAACACGGAGCAGUGCACUGAGCUCUUCCACUUCGAGCUCUGCUACAACGCCAGCAUCAAUGCCACCACCGACCUCUUCAACGUCAGCUGCGCCGACAUGAGCAACAAGCGCUCACCCGUCAUCGAGUUUUGGGAGAACAAGGUGCUGCGGCUCUCGGGGGCCCUCAGCGAGCCGGGGGAGAUGAACUGGCAGAUGAUCCUUUGCUUGAUCGCUACCUGGGUCAUCGUCUACUUCUGCAUCUGGAAGGGUGUCAAGUCAACCGGGAAGAUCGUCUACUUCACAGCGCUCUUCCCCUACGUGGUUCUCAUCCUGCUGCUGGUCCAUGGGGUGACACUGCCUGGGGCGCUGGGUGGCAUCAUCUACUACCUGAAACCUGACUGGUCCAAGCUGGCCGAGGCGCAGGUCUGGAUCGAUGCCGGCACCCAGAUCUUCUUCUCCUACGCCAUCGGUCUGGGCGCCCUGACCGCGCUGGGCAGCUACAACCGCUUCCACAAAAACUGCCGCAGGGACGCCUACAUCCUGGCCGUGAUCAACAGCUCCCCCAGCUUCUUCGCCGGCUUCGUUGUCUUCUCCGUGCUGGGCUUCAUGGCAUCCGAGCAAGGCGUGGACAUCUCCAAGGUUGCCGAGUCCGGCCCUGGGCUGGCUUUCAUCGCCUACCCCAAAGCUGUGACGCUGAUGCCCUUGUCCCCGCUUUGGGCCACGCUCUUCUUCUUCAU